AUGUCCCUAGACGCCCCACCCGUAUCCCCUGAUGGCCCCUCGCUUCGUACUCUCCCAUCGCUUACCCUCUCUGAUCCGCCUGCUCACCGCUCAUGUCUUCCGGACGGCAACAUUCCCUCACACGGCGACUGGAUAGAAUCAUCGGGUGAUGGACAGCUAGGAGCUGUGAUGGACCGGGACGCUGGAUAUCGUCAUCUGGAAGGACCUUCGCCCCCCUGCGACGGGCAUCUCACUAUCUCUGACGACGCUGAAAUCGACGAAAAUGAAGGAGAAUCUCAGGAAGCCAUCUUUGAGCAGCUCAUGCUCCGGAGAGAAGCCUUGCUCAAUCCUUUCAUACCUCAACGGGAAACACCAGUCGCGACCGGCAUCGACCUAGACAUGGAUGACGAAGAGCAGGAGCAAGGAGAUACGGAGGAGCAGCGAAAGGCUACAGAGAUGGAUAUUGAUAUGGUGUAUUUCUAUGAUUCUAUGGAAGAGCGAGAAUACAGAGGCAUCAAAGGAUUGAACUUUCUCCAAACGCUGGCUACUUCCUGCAUCGACCAGCUAGCCGCCGUGAUCGAAGAGGACACUCGAGGGAAUCUCAGCAAUGUCGAUGAAGACGCGACAUCCGAGAGCAACAAAACGGAUGACGAGACUCGAGACGGAGGUGGACUGAGCAUGGCUCUGAGCUUGAAGAAUCGAAAAACUGGCGCGUUGCAAGUAUACUCGUAUCCCGAUAGCCCAGAGCUAGAGUCCGAUCGACAGGGUGCCCUGCACAAACUCACAUGUAUUCUGCGAGUGGCAUCUGUGAUGAUGGAAGCCCUUCUGGAAAAGACCGUCAUCACAUUGCGAGACAUCUUUUACCGCGACAAGAAACUCUUUGGGAAGCAGAGCGUAGUAGACAAGAUUGCCGACGAUAUUGUUGCUACAGCAGAGCUACGCCGUGCAGACUUUUACAUCGCGAGUAGCUAUCUGUGCGCCUCGGCGAAAGGCCUUAUCGCAGCAACAGACCUUGUCAUUCAUUGCAUAUCAGGACAGAACCUGCACCUCUCUCCACGCCAUGCAACCCUCAUCGAGCCUGUCGAGAAUAUUCAGCAACUGUGUGCCCCGCUGGGGCUCGAAUGGAUUCUGAUUGUUGAAAAAGAUGCUGUUUUCCAAAGUCUGCUGAGCGCGGGCUUACUUGAAGAUGAGAGGCUUGGGCCGGGAGUGAUCAUCACAGGAAAAGGAUUCCCGGACCUGUCUACCCGUCAGCUGGCUCGAUGCUUGGUCGAUACUAUGCCAGACGCACGAUUCUUCGGCCUCUUUGACGCGGAUCCCCACGGCCUCAACAUCCUCUCCAACUAUACGUAUGGGUCGAAAGCCAAUUCGCACUCCACUGAACACGAAGGGCUCGCAUUGGGAGAGAGGUUGGAGUGGAUCGGUUUGAAGGCUUCAGAAUGGGAAAAACUCGGGAUCAAUUAUGACGACCUUCUGCCUUUCGAGACUUCAGAUGACAGCUUGGCAGUCAGCAUGUUACGAGAUCACGAACGUCUUCCCGCCGCUUGGAAAUCUGAACUUUGUCACAUGCUUCAUCUGCGACGCAAAGCCGAGAUUGAAGUUGUCAUCGGUGCUCAAGAAAAUGCCAACCACCAAGAGAACGGGGAUGUAAAAAAUGAAGACACGGGAUCCGGAGUCGCAAAGCUGGUUGACUGGAUUGUUGGCAAGAUUGGGGUUUCCUAG